AUGUUUGUCUUCUCAAUGAGCCAGUUCCUGCGGCUUCUGCGCCUAGACGCUGACUCGCUGAAUCUGCCGUUCUUCAGCUCUCUACUGGACGUAGGAGCGGGCGACGGCAACGUGACGGCAGCCAUAGCGCCCCUGUUUGGCCAGGUAGACGUGACCGAGAAGUCGCCUUCCAUGCGACGCGUGCUGGGUCGGCGUGGCUUCCGAGUGUUGGACGCCGCGUCGCUCAGGCCUGCCGAUGGAGACGACGACGGGGACCAGCAACUGUACGACGUGGUCUGCUGCCUGAACGUGCUGGACCGCUGCGAGGCGCCGCUGGCACUGCUGCGCACGCUCGAGGCUCGGCUCACAAAACCCUCGGGCAGGCUGGUGCUGGCGCUCGUGCUGCCGCUGUCGCAGUACGUCGAGUCGGGCAAGCGUGGCGCCGAGCCGCUCGAGACCCUGAACGUGCGCGGCUCGACGCUGGAGCAACAGGUCCAGUCGCUUUACAAGGACGUCAUGGUGCCCGCUGGUUUCACCUUGGAGUCCUGGACCCGGCUUCCCUACCUCUGCGAAGGCGACCUCGAACAGGCCUACUACUGGCUGGACGACGUGGUCAUGGUGCUCAGAGCUGCCGACGCAUAUGGAGCUGGGCCAUCCUGA